ACCAAGAGAAGAAGAAAAGCUGCAACGCGGUAUUUCGCUCAGCGUGAGUUUGUUUCCUUUGUGUGGAGCAGAGAGCAGCAAACAGCUAAUAGCUAAUCUGCGGUUUAUUAAACCGGUUUGUUAGCUUAGCAUCAGCCAAACAUCCGCCCGGUGAGCCGUUCAUCACGUUACAGGUGAGAAGUUAAAGACGCAGUAAACCAGCUGACUCGUAUCCAUGGCGCUCAGACGAGGUCACAUCAGGUACCUGAAGGUGUGUGAGGUUCAGGCGUCUCAGAGUGAUGUCAGAGACGGUCAGCACGCUGCCAAAGGAGCCUCCACUGGAAAGGAGCUGUACGAUAACGGCUACAGCGAGCAGAUGAUGGAGGACGAGGACGCCAGAACCAACCUGAUCGUGAACUACCUGCCGCAGAGCAUGAGCCAGGAUGAGCUGCGCAGCCUGUUCAGCAGCGUCGGCGACGUCGAGUCCGCCAAGCUCAUCCGGGACAAAGUGGCAGGCCACAGUUUAGGUUACGGCUUUGUUAACUUUGUUAACCCUAAUGAUGCAGAGAGGGCUAUCAGUACCCUCAAUGGCCUGAGGCUACAGUCUAAAACUAUCAAGGUGUCGUUUGCACGGCCAAGCUCAGAUAUGAUCAAAGAUGCAAAUCUGUACAUCAGCGGGCUGCCGAGGACGCUGAGUCAGCAGGACCUGGAGGACAUGUUCGCUCGCUUCGGACACAUCAUCAACUCCAGAGUGCUGGUGGACCAGGCCUCCGGUAAACACACUGACCAAUCACAGCCCUGCGAUUCUCACACGUUGUCCCCUCCCCUUUUAACCAUCCUCAUUGACUGUUCAGGUCUGUCCCGGGGCGUGGCCUUCAUCCGGUUUGACAAGAGGGCCGAGGCAGAAGACGCCGUCAAACACCUCAACGGGCACACGCCUCCCGGCAGCUCUGAGCCAAUCACAGUCAAGUUUGCGGCCAAUCCCAAUCAGGCCAGGAACUCUCAGAUGAUGUCACAGGUCUACCAUGGCCAAUCACGGCGCUUUGGAGGACCUGUCCAUCACCAGGCCCAAAGGUUCAGAUUCUCUCCAAUGAGCGUUGACCACAUGGGCGGAGGGGGCGGAGUCUCAGGGAGCUCGUCCGCCGGUUGGUGCAUCUUCAUCUACAAUCUGGGCCAGGACGCCGACGAAGCCAUUCUUUGGCAGAUGUUUGGGCCGUUCGGCGCCGUCGUCAACGUGAAAGUGAUCCGAGACUUCAACACCAACAAGUGCAAAGGCUUCGGCUUCGUUACCAUGACGAACUACGAGGAGGCUGCCAUGGCGAUUCACAGCCUGAACGGGUACCGCCUGGGGGACAAAGUCCUGCAGGUGUCCUUCAAGACCAGCAAGGGACACAAGUAGAGAGUUGAAACGAGGGAGGGGGGAAAUGAACAAAUAAGUCUUUUUUUUUUUUUUUUUCUUUUUUUUUCCACCAACCGUCAGCGGAAGUUGUCAGUUUGACGUUUUUUGGCAGUUUUCAACAGUUUUCAACAGUUUUUCAGCAGUUUUCGACAGUUUCCAGCAGGUGUUUAUGUCGGUCCGUUACUGUUUUUCUGAGCAUGCCCAGUUGGUUUCAGGCUGUUUGGCUGAAUGUUUGCAAUUUCCAUCCAAGAUGGCAGCCUGUGAUCAGCAGGAUGAUUGACAGGUCAGCUGACGGUUACUAUAUAACCUCAGUUCCGUCAGCUGUCAGGGUCAAAGGUCACUGUCACAUCAUUAAGUGUUCAGUUUGAGUAGGAUCGUUUUAUUUUGGAAAUAUUAAAGUCAAACAGACAAUGAAAAUAUAUAAAAUCAAUAAUUCUUAAAGGUUCGUAUUGAUUUAGUGAUUGCAUGUAGCAGAAUCCAACAAUCAGUUCGUCUCAAACAUGUUUUUCUUUCAAUAUUUGCAAAAAGAAUCCUGUGAUGCAUCACAGUGAUUGGUAGCACUGUGGGCCAAUCAGCAUGCAGGAGGUGGGGCUCCAGUGUCUGAAUUGAUUUCCUGUUUGAACAAAAAGUGAAGUUAUUUUAUGUGUAAUUUUCUCUCUGUGCUGUUUUACUUUGUGUCGCAGCUUUACAGCGAAGUUAGAAUAAAUCUGUUUAAGCUGAA